UAAUUUCCAGUCCUACUGUGUCACCUAUUUUUUCUUUGCUUGGUAGCCACGGGCUUCCAUAGGUUGUGUGUAUUUAGGGACAACGCUCAGUGCUUUGUCCAUCAAAUAAAUAAUGCUAUGUAAAAUGAAAUGAGUUAGGGUUAGCUUGGUUUUUAUCAUUUGUCCCUGAGCAAAUGUUAAAGAUGCACCAUAACAAUAUAAAACCCUGCAUCUCUUAAAAUGUAUAUAUACAACAGAAAACAUGUGAAACAAAACAGUAAGCUCGUUUCUCCCGUUUUCUAACUUGACUCCCUGAACGCCUCCUGGCGGAGUCUGUUGUUGCUCAACAUGGCUGCACCCUGCUCGGAUCAACAGGUCUGACGGUGUUCACAAUGUCCAGGGAGCAGGUGAGUAUCACAGAGCUCCUGCUCUCAUUGGACAGUUCAGAGCUGCAGGAGGUGGAGCAAGUCAGAGCAGCAGUCAACCAGCAGCUGAGUACAGACAGAGGAGGUGCUGUCCUCUCCUCUCUGGUGGAGUAUUACCUGGACUCGUCUUCCUCUCAGGUGGUGCUCCUCCUGUCCUCCAUUAGAGAGCCUCAUCACAAGGUCCUGCUGGAGAAGCUGAAUGAGUCUCUGAACAGGCCCGGGACCAGGCUGGCUGGUCUCAUGCUGCUGGGUCACCUGAUCCAGAAACAGCCUCCCUGGGUUCAUCACGUCAGCCAGUCGGCCCUGCUGGCCUCCCUACUGCGCUGCCUCAAGACUGACAGGGACGUGGUGGUCCUGAUCACUGGAGUCCUGGUCCUCGUCACUCUGUUACCCAUGAUCCCUCAGGCUGGGAAACACCAUAUCUACGACUUUUUCGAUGUGUUCGGACACCUCGCAUCCUGGAGCUGCAGAAACCACGGUCAUGUACCCGUGCUCCACCUGGUCCACCUCCAUGCAGGUGUGUACUCUCUGUUCCACCGUCUAUACGGGAUGUUCCCCUGUAACUUCAUCUCCUACCUGAGACUGCACUAUAGCAUGAAGGAGAACCUGGACACCUUCCAGGAGGUCAUCAAGCCCAUGUUGGACCACGUCAGGGUUCAUCCGGAGCUGGUCACAGGGACUCAGGACUACGAAUUGGACCCGUCCAGGUGGAGGCAUUACGAAGUCCAUGACAUUGUGAUUGAGUGCUCCAGGGUGUCUCUGGACCCUCUGGAGUCUUCCUGUGAGGAGGACCUUUCCUCUGCCCUCCCUCACCUGGACCUCACCUGCAGUCCUCUCACCACAGUGGCUGCCAGCAGCUCAGGGAGCCCGGUGUGUCCUGGUGGACGUCCAGCUGUGACUGUGCUGCCGCCCAACAGCUCCUAUAUCCAGGCUGAUGUCACGUGGAGCCCCUCCUCUCAGUGUGGUUUGUCCACGCCGCCACCUGAACCUGCUGCCACAGGCUUCGCCCACCUUCUGAGCAGGACCGCCUCACUCUCAGGUGUGAAAUGUCCCUCAUCAGCUUCCGUCCCUGUAACACCACUGACUGAUGAGAACCAAGGUGGAGGUCUGCUUCCUGACGAGAACAGACAGGUGAAGCAGCAGCAGCCAGUCACAGAGAAGGAGGAGCGAGGCCAGAGUGAUGUCAUCAGCAGCAACAGUGAAGAGGGCAGGUCCUCCUCCUUCUCUCAGCCGGUCCUCCUCACCUCCACCCCUAGUCAUGAUGAUCCAUCUUCAGCUUCCUCUGUUUCCCCUCUUUUCUCCUCCAUCUCACUCUGCUUCACCUCCCCUCACUCAUUCACCACCUCCCACAGAUCAGAGGAGGGAGGCCCAGCUCCCCUGUACGAACCCCUGUUUGAGCUAGCUCUGCCCCGAGCUGCCACACUCUUCAUCAAGAGGAAGACUCAGGAGGCGCUGGAGAGAGCGGGGCAGCAGGAGAGGGGAGGAGGUGGAGGAGAAGGGGAGGACAGGGAUGACGAUCACCCCCCCCUCUCUCCUCUGGAGGUUUUGGACCAGCUGAUCGUCCACGGACACGAUGCCCAUGAAUGCCUCAGCAGGAGGUUGUCAGCUGUGAAGUCGGUGGAUCGGAGUCAUUUUGGAGGCCCAGCCCCAGGGGAGGAGCUACAGUCUCUGAGGAGCCAGGUGUUGCUGGUUCACAGUCAGCUUCAGUACGAACGCUUCAAACGGCAGCAGCACGCCGUCAGAAACCGCCGUCUACUGCGGAGAGUCAUCAACGCCACGGCACUGGAGGAGGACAGUAUCGCCAUGAAGGCCCAGCUGGCUGUUCAGAACGAUGAGAUCCAGUCCCUGAAGUUGAGUCUGGAGGAAGAACAAAGACGCUACACACAGCUGCAGCAGGACACACAGACACACACCAACCAGCUGUGCACGCACAUCCAACAACUGCUGCUGCAACAACAGGACGAGCAGAGAGGUCACCAGAGACUGCAGAGUGAGCUUCAGGAGUGUCAGAGACGGCUGAAGGAUCUGGAGGCAGAACUUCAAAGAGCCAAUAACAAGGCUUAUAGUGCAGAACACCGGCUGGCCCAGCUGUUACUCAAGGUGAGGAGGCCUCCCAUUGUGCUGAACCAGCAGCUCGUCCUGCUGAGAGAAGCUAACAGAGCUCUGGCAGAACAGCUGGAGGGAGGAGGCCACCACCACUGGGCUGAGGCGUCCAUGCUGCAGUGCAUUGUGGGUAAGGAGUACCAGCGUUUGAAGGACAGCGAGGUCCUGCAGAGACAGAAGCUAGAGGCAGCCAAUCACAGGAUCACAGAGCUGGAGAACCAGCUGGCCAAGAAAGACCAUCUGAUCCUGGAUCAGAAGAAGCUCCUGGAGGACACCAAGGCCCAGAGCAGGGCAGAGCUGUUGGCCUGUGAGAAUCGCUCUGUGGCUCUGAGGAGAGUUGCCCAGAUGCUGCAGACUGAGAUGCUUCACCUGUACAGUCAGAUGCCCCCGGACGCACACAGCCGGCCCGUGGACGUCUGCAGCAGGCCAAACAGUGGCAGUAUCGUCUUACCUGUCGCUGAGGGAAGCUACAAGCCCCACCCCUCCUCUUCUUCUGUUAGUAUAAUCAAUGGAGGUGUGAGGGCCUUCUCCACCUCCCCGCUGCACUUCCCCUCCUGCUCUUCCCCCCCCCACUCCCACUCCCCGAUCGACUCCCCACUGGCCAUUGGCUCCAGCAGCGAGCGCAGCAGCUGUUCAGACUGA